GUGGGAGACUUUUAUUUUGAAGGUCGUUUAGGGCUUUUAUUUUGUCGGCUCCUUCCCGGAUUUCGAGGCCCGUGAGUCGCUCUCGUUCGGUUUAUCGUGACAGAAAUCAAAUCCAUCAGAUCGAGCUCAGUAUCGACGCAGUAAUGCUCGCACAGCAGCCGUUUUGUGAACUUUAAAGACGUCAGCAGUGAUGGCGUCAGGUCCAGAGACGGUGCACUACAUCCACCUUCAUAACUCCAGUCAGUCUGUGCUGGAGGCUCUGAGGUCACAGCGACGCAAGGGUCUCUUCUGUGACGUCACCGUGCGCAUCCACGACGCGUCGCUGCGGGCUCACGCGUGCGUUCUGGCGGCGGGAAGCCCCUUCUUUCAGGACAAACUGCUGCUGGGUCACUCUGAGAUCUCGGUUCCUCCUCUGGUGCCCGCGGAGACGGUGAAACAGCUGGUGGAUUUCAUGUACAGCGGCUCGCUGGUGGUGCUGCACUCGCAGGCGCUCUGCAUCCUCACCGCCGCCUCCAUCCUGCAGAUCAAGACCGUGAUCGACGAAUGCACGCAGAUCAUCUCGCAGAGACGCGCCGCCGUGGGGGGCGGGGCCGGCGGCACAGGGCCGCUGGGAAGCACGCUGCCCAAACAGGAGGAGGGAGGCGGCGGAGGUGAUGGGAAGGGGCGGGAAAGCAGCGCGCUGCAGGGCUUCGGUUACGGCAUGCCGGCCGACUGCGGCUCCGCGGCGGAGAUGGCGGCUGCUCUGAGCGCCGGGGCUCAGGGGGACAGCAGCGGACUGGAGGGUGGCGUGGGUCCUUUGAUGACCAUAGGUGAGCUGGGCGGGGCAGCCCUGUGCAGAGGGGAGGGACUGGUUGUGGCAGGGGGUGGGGCCAUGAUGAAGGCAUCCAGCUGCUCGCAGGAGAUCAACUACAUGCUGAACCCCAACGUGGAGCGCAGCAUGAGCUCACAAAACAUUGCGGCCAACGAGCGUGCUCAGAUCACCUCUCCAGCCGGCAUUGGGCGUGGUGUGGGCGUGGAGUAUGGUGACGUGGGGGAGGAGCUUGUGGGGAGCAUGGACAGAUACAGCGAAGAGGACGAGAGAGAUGUGCAUGAUGGAGAGAGAGACGCCGAAAGAGACAGACAGACGGCACACACGCGCAAACAGAGACAGCCGCUGAGACUGCAGGUGUUGGGAGGAGAGGAGGUGGUAGUGAAGAAUGAGGGGGUGCAGGAAGGGGAGGGGCUUUUUGAGAUGGAUGACAGAGGAAGUGCAUCCCAUCAGUCUGCAUACGCACAGGUAAAACACACAUUUGUAGUUUCACUUUGGUUUUGUAGUUUUGGUCAGAUGAUAACCCUGUACGUGUGUGUGUUUUGUUGUCAGGGUGGUUUCUAUGAGGAGUCCGCCGUGUUCUCAGGUGGUUUCUGGUCUCAGGCGGAUCCGCAGGCGUCUCUAGGCUCAAACCCUCGCGCACGAGUCAACAAACCACUCACCCCACCGCCUCCACCCUCUCAGAAUCUGAGCAGUCAGAUGCUUUAUCAGUUCCCUGCCAGCGAUUCACAGUCCUCCUCCUUCUUUGUCGGAGGACCCAUGGUUAUCGACAACUUGGCAGAUUCGUGUCAACAAGCUCCGCCACCCGCUCCCCUGACCCCUGCUCCGCCUCCUCCCACCCCGGCAUGCGUCACAGGUCUGAGCUUCACGCCACAGGCCUCGGAGACGUCCUUCGACUGCAGCCACUGCGGAAAGUCGCUGCGCUCACGCAAGAACUACAGCAAGCACAUGUUUAUCCAUUCUGGUCAGAAGCCGCACCAGUGCAGCAUCUGCUGGAGGUCUUUCUCUCUGCGCGACUAUCUGCUCAAGCACAUGGUGGUGCACACGGGCGUGCGUGCGUUCCAGUGCACCGUGUGCAGCAAACGCUUCACGCAGAAGAGCUCGCUCAACGUGCACAUGCGCACGCACCGUGUGGAGCGCACCUUCACCUGCGGCGUGUGUCACCGCGCCUUCACGCACCGCACGCUGCUGGAGAGACACGCCCUUCAACACCAACACCCUGCCCCGCUCAAACCCGACACCAGUCACAUGGAGCAGGGCGGUGGUGGCAUGGGCGUGGCCAGCGGUCAGGGCCCCGCCUCCUGAAGUGCAGGAUUUAAUCCCAGAGCUUUAACACACACAAACAUACACAGCAGCAGCGGUGCCAUCCUCUGUGAUGUGCCGCGACGCCUCUUAAACCUCGAAAACCUCAAGAAACACACAAACCUCAUCGACUGAAUCACACUAAACACAACGCACACCUCCUGACUCCGUUUCUUCAUGUUUUUUAAAGAAAAACAGGACUCAUCAGAAACCACAGUGACCUCAGGACCAGAAGAGACACUUCACACAUGAUUACCUCCAUUUUUAUUUCAACAUCAACCUCCAUUUUUACAUUUUUUUAUCUACUACACUGCGUUCCAAAUUAUUAUGCAAAUGAUAUCUUUCUCUGGUUUUCCUAAUUUGUCGAUGCAAAUGACAGUCAGUAUAAUUUUCAAGUAAUCAACAGUUAGGGUACAUUUGGAAUUUUAUUGAACAAACCUCCCACUGACAACAGUAUUUAUUUAAAAAAUGAAAAACUCAAAAUGCACUGUUCCAAAUUAUUAUGCACAACAGAGUUUGAAAACAUUUCAUAGGUUGUAAAAAACUGAAAAUGGUCAUUUGUUGAAUUUGCAGCAUUAGGAG